UCUUCUAUACCUUUGAUUGGUUGGUUUCUCUACUGCACUUGUAUUUCCUUUGUUGCAUUUGGGGCAACUUACAAUUUAUUACUGCACUGCAACUGUAUUUUGUUUCAUUUUAUCUACUUUUUAAAAUUUCACUUAUUCUAUUCUAUUGACUUUAUCCUGGGUUUUUUUCUUAUUGUUUUGAAUGUCAUUCUAAUGCUUUUCUUUUCCUAUGUAAAGCACUUUGAAUUGCCUAUGUGUUUGAAAUGUGCCAUAUAAAUAAAGCUGCCUUGCAUGCAGUUUAAUUCAGUAUUGUAUAUAGUGCAUCGUUAAAUUAUCAGAUAUACCUGUGCAGUUGAAAUUAUUGUGUACAGUCAAUAGGUUCUCACCAUGAAUCACUACAUGUCAGCAGAACAGCCCUUGCAACACACACGCCUUUUGUGAAAUGCACUUCUGCAUUUGAAGUAUUCCUGUGAACACUGUUAACAUGAGGCACACACAUUUCUAAAGAUGUUCUUGCAUAAUUAAGUUUACUAAUAAUUAAUUAAUUAAUAAUCCAUGUGAACACACGCGCGCGCACGCGCACACACACACACACACACACACACACACACACAGUGAACUGUCUGGAUGUAGUUUGAGGUGUUAAUUGUCACAGUCCCAGGGAAUAACUAAAAUAUUUCCUGUCAUGGUUCAAGGUGAUUUUGAACUUUGGGACAGUAGAUAAUAACAUGACAUCAUGACAAAGAUACUUAUUUUUCCUCAUGUGCACAUAAGAAAACAAGGAAACACCCAACUCAAACAGCACAGACUGACAAACCUGACAGACAAACAUGGUAAUUUGUCAGACUGACAUUUUAAUUAUCACAGCACCAGCGGACACGAAAGUAGGCCUACGAGCUACAUCAGGAACUUUCAAAAUAAUUCUUGUAAAUGUCUUGUAAAGCUGCUGAGGACAGCCAGUGUGCCACACACACAGUAAAACAGGAGCUGUUAACUGAGCUCAAUAAUGUGCAGCAGCGAAAAAUCACAAGAAAACUAAUGGUGUUUUGUGUUUUUUAGUGAUGUAGACUGCACCAUCUGCCUGGAUUACCCUAGGGCUCUCUUUGCAUCAGGCUUACCCUCUGUCUCUCUCUCUGCAUACCAGAUAACAACUGAACAUGAAAUAUUAUCUAUUAGAUGGAAAUGAAGUUGACAGAAAAGUGUCAGAAAAGUGGGCAAUGCCACUAAAUAUCCUUCAGUUAAGUAUAAGUGCACCUUUAAAUAUGGAUUCUUCCACCACUUUUAAGUUAACAAAUUCUUAAUAUAUUUCGGCAUUUGUUUUGCUCCAUUUACAAUAUUUAACUAAAAUCGGUCGGCUGAAGUGCGUACGUGCCCUCUUUCUACUCUAUGAGGAAAAGAGAGUGGGACUGACUUCCCCUGAAUCGGUGGCGCAACAUUUCCAGUUAACAGCUUUCCAUAUCAGGAAGACUGAGACUCUGGCGUAAGCACGCAGUGAACUACCUUCAUUUGCCCACAAAUUGGAUCGCAACUGCGUUGGAUUGUUGUGGUCGAAGGAAAUACGUGGAGUAAAUCGGUUCAUCAUGGAGUUAAAGAGGCGAGUUGGCGAUAGGAUGUCUUUUGCCAUCCUUAUUUUUGGACAUAUUGCGACUGCAAUAGCUCUCCCUGUCUCUGGAGAUAAUAAUAAAACAGGCCACAAUCUUGACUGUACCAACGACUACGACGCCUCGAUGUUUUGCCACUUUGAAGCGCAAAACUGCACUGAAUAUAAUCUGACUCUCCAGAGAAAAGACAUGAUUGGGGCCCCCGUAGUUGAGCACUGCAUUUUGAAGCAGUGUGACAUUGGAUGGUGUUGUUGCUCUGUCCAAAUGAUACUAGUUUUAGGGGAGACUCAUUCAGCAACAGUUUGGAAAGGAGGUGAAAGCACAGAGUCCAAAAUCAUCAGCGUCAGAGACAGCAUAAAGCCCAGAACCCCAACAAUAAUCGCGGUAAAUGAAUCCAACGGGAAUUUUCAAGUCAUGUGGAAGAAAAACAUGGAGGGCUAUUUCAGUGAGACGUUGACUGCUCGUGUGACUUACCAUAAAAAAAGAGACACAAAAAUGGUAACUGAAUUUUUCAAACCAAGUACAGUUAAUGGACUGAGUUACUAUGAAAUACUUGGUCGACACUUGGAGCCAAGUACAACUUAUGUGGUCAGCGUGGAAAGCUACACAGAUUGGAGUGACCGCUACAGUGAUCGUAGUGAAGAGUGGGAAUUCACAACCCCUGUGCCUCCUAAUGCCCUGCUCUUGGCUAUCAUCAUCAGCCUCAGUAUUGCUGCAGUCAUCAUCAGCGGUGCUAUUUAUGGCUGUUAUGUAAAGUUAAAAACAAAGUGGUGGGACACAGUUGCCAAAUGUCCAAAUCCAAAACUUCUUAUUAUGCAUCCAAGCGAGCAAGAGGUCUUGAAGCCUCUGCCACCCAUCAUCUCCUCUAUCUGUGUUGUCCCCUUUGUUCCAGAUGACAGCAAACCAUGGUUGAAGGAGUCACUGAGAGACACUAGCAGCGGGAGCCUUCAGCAAAGCAGUGGAAUCAAUACUGGCUCCUCUUGUCUCAGUUAUGCUAACACAGAACCGGCUGACAUUAUAGCCGGUGUUCAGGAUGCCCUUCAUAAAGCCUUCGCCAAUAUCAGCCCGAUAUCGCCAUUGACCACCAAUCCACUUACAGAAUUAAACAAAGACAGUGGUUUAUUCUCCGCUUCCUACAACCCUUGUGGUGUCAGAGUUGAUGCCUUGAGUUCUGGAUCAUCUGGCUUUGACAAUAAAACCUAUUCCAUCCUCAUUCCAAGCUGUCCACAUGAGAUUAUGACAGACAGCUCCGAGGUUCAGUCGCAGGCUGAAAUGCUUUGGGACUCUGCAUACCAUCCUAGUGAGGGUGACAUUGUGACAUUCUGUCCUGACCAACAGGUACCAGCUUGCCUGCUUGUUAAUUUACCACCAGUGGCUUCAUCACUUAUGCCAACAGACAUGCCAUAUCAGCAGUGCAAUGCAGAUUUGGGGAGAUUUUCAUCUGCAGAAGACUCCAGUUUGUCCUCCAUCUCUAGCGGAACCAACACAACUGUGUCAUUGGAUCCUGUGUCCGGAGUUGAAGGCUUUGAUGAGGUGGUCAUUGGUGCCACAAAGCUAAAAACUGGAAAAACUGAGGCCAUCAUAUGUGAUGAAAAUCCCUGCUAUGGCUGUGUGCCUGCAGGCUCACACAGCUUUCCUCCAGUGGAUGAUGACUACCAGGCAUUUCAAAAUCUAGUGGAGCAGCCUGAUCUUUUGUUUUCAGAGAAGAGAAGCAUUGAGAAAGAGGAACAUUUGAGCACAUAUCCAGAGGAAUCAUCGACCAAGAUGCUUCAAGGCUUCUUAGGCCCAGUUGUUCCAAGUUCCUUUAACAACAGCCAGGGUGGCCAGUGUCUGUCUGAGCUCCAAAGACCUUUUCUCUCUUUGAUCUCUGCUGACCAGUCUCUGCCAGUAAUCACUGACAGCGGCUAUCAGAGUGUGUAGCGCUGAAUUUUCAUGCAUGCAUUUUAUUUAUUUAUUUUUUUUUUUUUGCUAUUUUUGCAUCUUUGAAUUGAAAUUUAGAAGAUGAGGGAGAGGAUGAUAUAACAGACUGUGGUGUUCAUGUCUAUCACAUGACUUGAGUGUCAAAGUUCAGUGAAUGUGGAUGCAGCAGCAAAAAAAUCUCACCUCCAAAGUCUCUGAUCUUUCCAUCAUACCAUAUGAUCUUCAUCAGCAGAUGGAAUUUGCCCUUGUUGUCAUUAUGACAUUUCAGAUUUUGUUCCUACAUUUCCAAGACAUCUGCCAGUGCAGAUUUGAGUUGACAGUUUUUUCUCGUGCCUGUUUUUAAAUGCUGUAGUGAUUCAAAUUCAUCAUAUCUUUGCACCUUAAGAACAGUUAAUUUGUUUAACUGUGCAUGACUGUUGUUGAUGUGAAACCUCCAUAAAAGUUUGUACAUAAAAACAUUCAUGUAAGAUUUGUCAAACAGAAUGCAAAGUUUUCAAUGUGCGCUUGCUACAAAUGCUUGAACCAAACAGCUGAUGUCUCUGUAUCUCUCAUUUCAUAUUCAACUGAGGUCAUUUGUCACAUUCAUUAAAUGUUGUAUAAAGCUAA